CUCGUUUGCUAUUGGCCAGCUCAGCUCGAGUCACGUGAUCAAAACAGUGUCAUGGCGGCGUCCGCAGCGGUUCGGGCGGGCGUGAGUUUUACUCAGCGGUUCGUCCGAGUUUCGCCGGACUGCAGCAUCUGUCCGCUUCACCGGUUAAAGAUUUGUACGGGAGCCACGGUUGGACGAGCGGUUGACGGGUUUUCAGCUCCCAACAGGCGCCUGCAGACCACCAUCGGUGUGUGUCAGAAUGAAGACAGCAGCUCACCUGAGGAGGACAGACACGAGCAUGUUGUUAAUGUUGUGUAUAUCGACCGGUCUGGAAAGAGGAUUCCGGUCAAGGCGAAAGUUGGCGAUAAUGUUCUUUACCUGGCGCACAAACAUGGCAUUGAUCUUGAAGGGGCCUGUGAAGCAUCUCUAGCCUGCUCGACGUGUCACGUGUACGUGAACAGCGAAUACUAUGAUAAACUUCCAGAACCUGAAGAAAGGGAGGACGAUAUGUUGGACAUGGCGCCGAUGCUGCAGGAGAAUUCCCGUCUGGGCUGCCAGAUCAUCCUGACUCCGGAGCUGGACGGCAUCGAGCUGACGAUGCCCAAGGUCACGCGGAACUUCUACGUGGACGGUCACGUGCCCAAACCUCACUGAGCUCCGGGGGUCACGAAAGGAGAGUUCAAGCGAGAGCACCGGAGGCCAGGGGUACAGAUCGCAAAGCACUCUGGGAUACAGACACUAAAUGAAGCCUCUUCCAGUGAGCAGGUUUAUAGUCGUUAAAGGCUUGUUAAGUGUGUGACGUGAACGGCCCGUAUGGGGAAUCUCUCGCUCUCAUCCGGUGAGCUGAAGAGCACAGAUCUCUUGAGCUCCAGCUGAAUUUGGUCCGCAGGUAUUUCCACCACUCCAGUUAUUAGUUAUCCUUCAUAUAACCAGUCUGAUUUACAGAACAUUAUAGAUAUAGUAUAUUUUUGGCUUAAAUGCACUGAACACAUCCAAAUCCAAGACCUGUUUCUCUCUGUUUCUUUUAUUUUGUAUGAAUAAAAUGAGCCUAUUUUAAGACCAUUAAGAUUUUCGGCAUUGACAACUGGGCACAUAAUGUUUCCCAUGACUAUAACUUCUGAGUUUUGCAAUUCACAUUUUUCUGUACUGCAGGAGAAUAAUUACUAUUGUGCAAAAUACACUUUAUACACUACCAUUCACAAGUUAGGGGUCUUGAAGAUUUUUUAAGGUUUCUGAAAGUCUCUUCUGUUCACCAGUGCUGCAUUUUUUUGAUCAAAAAUACAGUAAAACAAUGAAAUAUUAUUCCAGUGUAAAUCAGCUGUUUUCUAUGUGAAUAUAUAGUAAAGUGUAAUUUAUUCCUGUGAUCAAAGCUGAAUUUUCAGCAUCAUUACUCCAGUCUUCAGUGUCACAUGAUCCUUCAGAAAUCAUUCGCUAAUUUGAUGAUCAAGAAACAUUUAUGAUUAUUAUCAGGUUUGAAAACAGUUGUGCUGCUUCAGGUUAAUGUGGAAACUGUGAUGCAUUUUAUUUUUCCUGAACAGAAAGUUAAAAAGAACAGCAUUUAUUUGAAAUAGAAAUCUUUAGUAACAUAAUAAAUGUCUUUACUGACACUUUUGAUCAGUUUAAUGUGUCCUUCCUGAAUAAAAUAUUAAUUUAAUAAAAAAGUACACUACCAUUAAAAGAUUUGGGUUCUAUUUAACAACAAAACCUGAAAAAAUGGUUUACAUUGAUGAUAAUAAAUGUUUUUGAAUGAUUUCUGAAGGAUCAUGUGACACUGAAGACUGGAGUAAUGAUGUUGAAAAUUCAGCUUUGAAUCACAGAAAUAAAUUACACUUUACUAUAUAUUCACAUAGAAAACAGCUGAUUUACACUGGAAUAAUAUUUCACUGUUUUUACUGUGUUUAUCAAAUAAAUGCAGCCUUUGUGAGCAGAAGAGACUUCUUUUAGAAACAUUUGAAACUCUUGCAGACCCCAAGCAUUUGACGGUAGUAUAAGUAAAAAUGAAAGGAUGUGCAAUAAAUAUGACGAUGAUGUAUAAUACAUUUUAAAAGCAGGCUUAGUUUUAUUCAUGCAAAAUAUAACUUCUUAUUUCUUUCUUUUUUUUUUUUCCUCGGGGUGAAGUAUGACGCAUUUCAUGAGAUUCACCAAAGAAUACAGAAGCAUUCCACAUUACAAAUGAUUUCUGGUUUUCAUAAAUAUUCUUUUUUUUUUUUUUUUACCUGUGUGCAACUGUAGAGAAAAACAUGAGAGUUAUUGACGCUGCAGAAAGAGUCAUUCUCCCCAUUUGCUCUGGUGUUUGAUGGAUCAGUUCAUGUGUCCGUCUGAAACAGCCCUUCUGUGCUGUUCUGAAGUUCACUUCAUUACUAAACCCUGAACACUCAAACCUGUCAAAUCGUCACACACAUUUCUCCUGUCUCCGCUCAGGUCAUUGUGCGCACAGAUGAAAUUAUUCAUCACACUUUAGAAACCACUAUCUGUUGAAGGUCCGUACAAUAAUGAAUAUGUUAUGCUUAAUUAUUUGAUGAAAUAAAUAAACAAUAAUGUGUCACCUUA